UUUGGUCAGAAAUCACAUGUGGAGUGUGCUCGAUUUUCUCCAGAUGGUCAGUAUUUGGUCACUGGGUCUGUUGAUGGAUUCAUUGAAGUAUGGAACUUCACAACUGGAAAAAUCAGGAAGGAUCUUAAGUACCAGGCCCAGGAUAACUUUAUGAUGAUGGAUGAUGCUGUUCUCUGCAUGUGUUUCAGCAGAGAUACAGAAAUGUUAGCAACUGGGGCUCAAGAUGGAAAAAUCAAGGUCUGGAAAAUUCAGAGUGGACAGUGUUUAAGGAGAUUUGAAAGGGCACACAGUAAAGGUGUCACCUGUCUAAGCUUUUCUAAGGAUAGCAGUCAGAUCCUCAGUGCCUCUUUUGACCAGACAAUUAGAAUUCAUGGUUUAAAAUCUGGGAAGACCCUGAAGGAAUUUCGUGGCCAUUCUUCCUUUGUUAAUGAAGCAACAUUUACACAAGAUGGACAUUAUAUUAUUAGUGCGUCCUCUGAUGGCACUGUAAAGGUUAAGUAUUUGCUACUGGAUUAUUUGGGGGUAUCCAUUCCAUUUUUGCCCUUUAAGGAGUUUUCAGUGGUGGUAAUGGUGAUAAUUGUGGUGGAGUAAACCUCUUUACUAGCUAUUUUAGUUAUAAUUGAGGUGAGUCUGAGACAGUAAUAAUAUUCUGUGGGUAAUUCCUAUUGGCCUAGGAACCUCAAAUCUCAAAUCUACAAAAUCAGACUUUAGCAUGUGUGGAGUCUUAGGUUUAAGUCAUCCCCCAUUUACAGUGUUUAAAUUUGAUCUUGUCAUAGGUAUGGUCUACCCACCAAAAAUUCACAAAGGGCUCAGUGGCCAAAUAAAUAGCUAUCUUUUUUGUUGCUCAGCCUCAUCCCACCCCUGACACCCACAUUUAGGGUCUUCCUACUAGAGAAACAGAAGAGGUAUAGAGUUAAAACCAAGCCCUCUCUCAGAUACUUAUUUAAUGCCCUCAGCUGAAAGUAACAGAUCUUCAGUAUCUUAAGAGAUUUAUUUUAAGAGAGGGUCUCAUUUUCUAGAAAAGAUGAGAAGUCCAAGUAGUAAAUUGCUGAGGAUCUUGAGACAUUCCAUUUACAUUCUAGAGCUGCUUUUAA